AUGGCAUGGUCCGGCGGACCCUGGUUUUUCUUCGGAAAACCUUUCAUUUUACAGAAAUGGACCCCAGACUUCGUCCCUGUUCGCGAAGAGUUCCCAUCCAUCCCGUUAUGGAUCAAGAUCAAAAACUUCCCUCUGUCUUGCUGGACGCCUGAGGGAAUCUCAAAGAUUGCAAGUUGUGUGGGUAUUCGGCUGGCUGUUGACGCUCUGACUGCGGCAAAAACAAGGCUGACUUUCGCUAGAGUUUGUGUUCAGGUAUGUAGUUCUUCUCCUCUCCCGGAUGAGAUCUACUAUACGGUUGAUGAUAAAAAAUUCCCUCUUACUGUGCUAUACGACUGGAAGCCAACUCACUGCACCUUCUGCAAUUCCAUCAUGCAUGCUCCUAAUGCUUGCCCAAAAAACCCGAAUCCGCAGCAAAAUGACUCCAUUCCUAACCGUGGAAGGAGUACCAGUCGCAAACCUAGGAAUUUCCCUCCUAAGUUGAACAUCCCGAAAGCUCCACCUCAGAACACCAUGCACCCCCAACCAACACCUACACCUCCUCAGCCUUCUCCCCCUUUGAACCAACCUUCUAUGGCUCCGACCACUAAUCUUAUUCCAAAUCUCAACUCACCUUCUGAGGACUUCACCUCGAAUCUCCCAUCCCCGACCCCCACACAAAAUUCCCCCACUAAACCUCUACCAGAUUCAUCCCCGAAUAUUCCUGUCACCAAUAAAUUUGAUGCCCUCUCAUACCAAGACACUAUUGCUGAUUCAGCAGUCUCUAGCUCGAACAUGUCUGAGAAGCAGGACCAGAUGCCAACCUCAUCCACUUACACUGAAAAUUCGGGAAAGCCACCCGAUCCUCAUAAUUUGGGUUCUAACUCUAAAACCAAAGAUAAACAGCAACCUUAUGUGCAGUCUCAACCAGCCAGCAAUUCCAAGAACACACGAGCAAAAUCGGCCAAAAAGGCCAACUCCUCUUCUUCAAAGUCCCAAUGA